UGUUCAAAAAAUUUGAUGAAAAAUUUCAACUUUCCCACUUCAGUUCAAAAAUAAUUUGCUUAAUUACAGCAAUUGUUUGCUAAUUUUCACUAUUUAUGGUUUGGAGUUUGUGAAAUUUUGGUUUGAUUUGGUGUUGGAUCUCAGUUUUGGGAGCUGUAACAACUUGCAAUUUCGUUGUUUGUUGAGUUAAAUUCUUGAUUUAUUUCAAGUAAGGGAGGAAAAAGAAGUGAUUUUUAGUUGAAAUUGGUGAAUUUUGUUGGGAAAGUUGUGAUUUUUUUUGUUCGAGCUAGUGAUUUUGAGUUGUGGGUUUUUGAAGAUUGAAGGUGAUUGUUGUGUGUUUAUUGAAGUAUUGUUAUGUUGUUGAUAUAGUAAAGAUGGGGUUUUUGGUUUCUUUGGUUGUAGGUUGUUCAGGUCCUGAUUGAAAUUUGGGGGAAAAGUUAGGGUUUUGGAUUUGGAGUUAGGGUUUUGUAAUUGGGUAUUUUGUGUUUGGGUAGAAGAAGAAUUUGAAGUUCUACUUUGAAGAAGAGAAAUGUUCUACUCACAGUUCAUAUUGGCCAAAAAGGGGCCUUUGGGAACUAUAUGGAUUGCAGCACAUCUGGAGAGGAAACUUCGGAAGAAUCAAGUUGCUGAUACUGAUAUUGGCGUCUCUGUAGACUCCAUCCUUUUUCCUGAUGUACCAAUUGCAUUGCGGUUAUCUAGCCAUCUUCUGCUUGGAGUUGUGAGGAUAUAUUCUCGAAAGGUGGGUUACCUAUUUGAUGAUUGCAGCGAGGCUUUGCUAAAAGUCAAGCAAGCUUUUCGCUCCACUGCUGUGGAUUUACCACCUGAAGAAUCUAAGGCUCCAUAUCACUCAAUCACCUUGCCAGAGACUUUUGAACUUGACGAUUUUGAAUUGCCAGACAAUGACAUUUUUCAGGGUAACUAUGUGGACCAUCAUAUUAGUUCAAGGGAGCAGAUCACACUACAAGAUAACAUGGAGGGUGUGAUUUACUCAACUUCGAAGUUUGGAUUGGAUGAGAGAUUUGGGGAUGGUGACACUUCUGGUUUAGACCUUGAUGAGGAAUUAUUUUUGGACAAGAUUGCUGCUGUUGGAGAUGCUAGUGGGAGUGCUGAUCCUCAAGCAUCUGUUGAACCAAUGACACCAAUCAAACAAGAAGAACACCAUGAAGAGAUGGCUGCAAAUUCCGAGAGCAUGUUUGAUGGAGUUGAUGGAGAUGCUGAUUUCAUGGAUCAUGCUCCAUGUACUCCUGGGUUGGCGGAAGAACCAAAUUUGUCUAACGUUCAGGAAAUAUCAGCAUGUGAAGACCAUCUAGGGCUGGAAGAUCGUCAUGUGACUGAAUAUGCUGUAAAAGCAAAUUCAGUGAAUCUCUCUUGUGAAAAUAACGUGAAUAACAGAAGUGAGCUCUUUGAAAAUCAGGCAUUAACUGAUGUCUCGAAUGCUGAUACUGUUCACUCUGGGGCUGCUGAGGAGAAUGGUUACCAUUUAGGUAACAUGUGUGACAAACAACUGGUGCCAGAUGGUCAGCUGCCUCCAAGUGGAGUUGCAGUGGAUCUUGUGUCAUCAAGUGAUCCCACUGUAGCAUCUGGACCAUCCUCUGCUGCUGUUCAUCUGGUUAAUGCAAAAUCAUCUGUCCUAGAAUGUGCGGAUGCGAUUGUUGCUGCAUCUGAUGGUCAAACAAAUGAGAGGAGCUUGCAGUGUAUGCAUUCUGACAUGGACAAGGUUGAUGUAUCUACCCCUGGGGGCUUCCCCGACGAACCUUCACUUCCAAAUGGAAUUAGUUCCACAAAAGUUAACUAUGAUGUUUCUGCUUUAAGUAGCAUCUGCCAGCCAGUUCCUGAAGAUAUUUCACCGAGUAAUCAGAGAUCACCUAAGGCAGUCUCAAAUUACAUUGCAAUUCCAGGAAACUUGGAUGCUGGUGAAUCUCAAGAUAUAACUUGCUUUGAAACACCGAAGACUGCUGAUUGUCUGGAACAAAGUAUUUUUGAUGAAGACACUGGUGCCCAGGUUCAUGUUCUGAGUCGAUGUAAUGCUUCUGCUCAGCUUGAUGCAUCGAAGUCUAGUUGUGAGCAUGCUGUUAAUAACGAGCCACCAUCUAAUUUUUCUGGUUUCCACCUGCCAGAAACUUCUAAGGAGGGCGAAUUACAUGCUUCAGCAGGUUAUUCAGAACAAAUCUCAAAAGAAAGUCUCGUCAAAGAACCUGUUCCACGUGAAGACAUUCAGAAAGAUACUGACAAAUCAACUGAUCGAGCAGAUAAUGUAGUUCCAGAAGAUCGCCACAUGGAGUUUAUGAGCAGUUCAGCUGCCUCUGCCUUGCCAGCUCCUGAAAAGAUUCUAUCAAUGUCAGGAGGGCUUGUUGAUUUACCUCGGAGUAUUUUCCCAGAGGCUACACCGGAUUACUUGGCGGGGUUCAAUGAGGCUGAUGCUGGUGACAAAUUCAUUUCAGGAAAGAAGCGCAGUUACACUGAGAGCACACUAACAGAGCAGAGUUUCAACUCAGCUGAAUCUUCAAGGAUGGUCCGUUCCAAAAAGUCUGGAGGAUUUAUUCCCGAUGAUGAUGAUUUGCUUUCUUCUAUACUAGUUGGAAGAAGAUCUUCAGCGCUGAAGCUAAAGGCUACUCCUCGACCUUCUGAGAUUACAUCAAGCAAGCGUGCUCGAUCUGCUGCUCGGAUGACUGCCAGUAAAAGGAAGGUUCUUAUGGAUGAUAUCAUGGUCUUGCACGGAGAUAUGAUAAGACAACAGUUGAUACAUGCUGAGGACAUACGUCGCGUAAGGAAGAAAGCUCCUUGCACACAUGCUGAAAUCUCAGCGAUCCAGAAACAGUUGUUGGAAGAUGAAAUUUUCAGAGCAGCAGUAUUAACUGGUUUGUCGGUGGAAUUGUCUUCUUUACAUAAGCAAACAUUUGACUUGAGUACAGUCAAGGUCUCUUCUUCUAGUGAUGUUAGCUGUUCUCAUGCUGAGAUGGCGGUCAAACCCCAGAUAACUGCUGAGUAUGCUGAAAAUUCCAUCUCAAAUUUGGAGGAACAACGUCAACAGCCAAGUGUUGAGUGUGCUGAAAAACCCAUCUCAAAUUUUGAGGAACAACGUCAACAGCUAACUGCUGAGUAUGCUGAAAACCCCAUCACAAAUUUGGAGGAACAACAAGCGACGGUGUUCAAUGAAUCACAUGUUGAAAGAGAAAGUGGAAAGGAAGGAAGCGAUGAACGGUUUGUAGCUAGAGAUGAUAGCAUAUUAGGAGAUGUUGAGGCUACUAUUCCAACUGAGAACAAGGAAGUUGAUGAGCAUGACCAAUGUUUAAAUAGUGACGCCUCUCAAUUGCGGCCAGAUACUGUCACUGAUGUAGCAGCGGCCAAUGGCUUUCAUCUUGAACCUUCAGAUAAUACAGCAGAAAUAGGACCUCAGGUAACUUGCCUUUCUGGUGCUGAUGCAGCAGAUACUGCCUCUGCCGCCAAAGAAUUAUUGGCAUGUCCUAAAAGUGGUGGAUUAGGUGGCGAAGGUGAUAUCAUAGAAGGUCUACCUCUGACAGAUCUAUUUAAUGAGUCUGGAAGGGAAGCUGCUUUUAUUUUACCCGAAGUAUCAUAUGGAUCUCCCAAUCGUGCACCGACUGCUCAAGCUGAUAAGUCUCUGGAAAAUUUGAACGAUGAAAACCUUGUAGUUAGUAGUGACUGGCCAGAAAGCAACUACUUUAUUUCUGAAGCUGAAACUGGAAUUGAAAAUAUGGUAGAAGAUGCAGAUCUAUUGGAGGCUGCCCAAGACAGUGCUACAGUUGAAAUUGCAACUAAUGUAGAAGAUAUAGUAGCAGAUGAUUUCAACCAGAGCUUUGCUGAUAACGUUAUAGGCACUGAACAACCUACCACAGAUGCUUCAUAUGAUGAAACAAAUAUGCAUUUGCUGGAUGAUCCCAUAGGAGCCGGAGACUAUCCAUGUAAACAAGAAGAUUUCUCUUACAAUAUGAUGGGCGCAGAUCUCACGGAUGGCAAUCUGGGGGACCUAAAUGAUCUAGAUUAUUCAGCCGCUGGAAAUGAUACAGGGUUUCUGAACUUCGAUGACGAUGAUGAUGAAGAAGCUGAAGCAGCUGAUGAUUAUGUACCUGCUGCUGAUGUCACCCGUAUCACUGAGAACAUUGGAUGGUCCUCUCGUACUAGGGCUGUUUCCAAGUACCUCCAAACCUUGUUUAUUAAAGAAUCUGAGCGUGGGAGAACGUCUCUCUCCAUGGACAGUUUAUUAGUUGGUAAAACACGAAAGGAGGCAUCAAGGAUGUUUUUUGAAACUUUGGUUCUUAAAACCAGAGAUUACCUUCAUGUAGAGCAAGUGAUACCCUUUGACGAUGUCACAAUAAGUCCUGGAAUGAAGCUUAUGAAAUCGGACUUUUGAAUCUGAUAUGUUUGGUAGGGAAGGAUAUAACAUGAAAAAGUUGGUAAACAGAAAUAUGUAUUUCUAGUAGUUAGUCAAUUGGGUCAGUUUGUGGUCUACUCUUGCUAUAGUUCAUUCUUUACAGUCACGUUUUGAUGGUCAUGUAGUUAGGUUUUUACUUGGCUGGCAGAGUAGAUCAUUUGACACAGGUGUGUGUUGCACUCUGUUGUACAAUGUAGAUCUUAUUUAUAUGUAAAUAUCCUGUAUAAUAUGUGGCCAUGCUUCUGUUCUAAUUUUCACUUCUUUAUUUUCGUAAUAAAGAAAAUUAUAUGCUUUUA